UGGAUAUCGCAGAGCAUUAUCAUGUUGGCGAAAGUAUUCCUUCUGGUGCUAGCUGUCCAGGUUUGCCGUGCACAGCCCGCCGAGGUACCCGGAACACUUCAGACCUCUUCAUCACUGUUUCUACCGGUAGCAACAGCAGCUUUCACGUGCACUGGAGGAUACGAUACUGGUUGCAAGGACUGCCUCACGCAAACGCAAUGUAUGGGCAACGCAAAUCAAAUUGACUCAGCGUGUCCGGCAUUUGCACCAAACUGUUAUAAAGGAUCGUGUUCUACAACGAUUGAUACUGCAUCAGGCUGCAAAGUUGCAAAAAUCAAAUGCACCGGAGAAGGAGUAUACCCAGAUCCAAAUACAUGUCAAGCUUACCAUUAUUGUUCGGCAGCAGGUGAGGAUUCGGAUGUCUAUACCUGUGCUGUUGGAUAUGUUCUGAACCCAGCCACCUUGAAGUGUAGAAUAUUGUCCAACUCGGCGGAUUGUGUGACCGUUAAGUGUCCCGCCGCGACUGGCUUAGUAGCAUUCGGUACGAGUAAAACAUAUUAUGCUCUUUGCCUCUACACAAAUAAUGCUCUUUCACAAGUAUUGAUGUUUAAAUGUUCGACCGGGGCCACAUUUGACGGCAAAACCUGUGUAUAUCAGUGCUCAAGGGAGGGAAAUUUCGUUGAUAGUAAUAACUCCGCUAAAUACUAUCAGUGCUAUAUUCUGAAUGGAAAGUGGACAUAUGAAAAUCUUGCCUGUCCAGUUGGUAAAAAGUUUAAUGCCACUCAACAAAUAUGUUUGUAACAGAAAUCACACCGUUGAUCUAGUGCUGAAAACCAGUUAUUUUGAACUAAUAAAUCUAUCUCAGUUUAGUGGUGAUCAAUAGCAACUUUGAAAACAAAAUGAAAUAAAAUGGUGAAUGUUUCAAACAGAAAA